CAACGUACGAGCGUGUUAAAAGUUGUGCCAAACAAAAUCAACUUUUAAAAACAAAUACGAAAAAGUUUAUUAUUUCUGUUUUUUUUUUGUGUCUCUGUGUGUGCGUGUUUCUCUUUCUCUCUCCCUCUCUCUUUGUGUUUUGUGUGCGUGUCUAUAUUUUUUUGAAUUUCCAUUAGAAAUUUAUGCAAAAUUAAACACUGAACGAAAUAUAACUUACACGGCAAUUACACUUCCAACAACAUCCCCUGGGUGCUAGCAACCCCUUCACUUCGAAAUUAACUCCCCGUGAGAACGACUAACCGGUUUAUCAGACAUCUAUAUAUGUAAUAUUGUGCUUAUAUGAGAAAGAGUAUUUGCAGACUUAAUACCAUCAAUGCUUUACUUUUGUUUGGCAAAAAACAAAGAAAAAAAAUCAAUAAACUAAACAAAUAUACACAAGUGCAAAGUAGAGUCUGUGUAUAUAUCUAAUAUAUAUACAUUUAUAUAUAUAGGUACCUAUAUAUAUAUUUUUGUAUAUUUUUGUUUUUGGAACCAGACACCAUAACAGUAAAAACAACAACAAAUAAAGCACUAUGGUCUACUCCAUAAAGAAUAGCGAAACUGGUGAAUUCGAAUAUAUCUAUUAUACGGAUUCAGCUCGUGUCAAGGAACCGAAAUACGAUGAGGAAACAGGAGAGCCAGUCCAUGAUCAAAUGAAGGUGCGCUAUCGUAAGCAUGGCAAUUUCCAUGUACCUCGACACUAUCUGAGGGGCACUUUCUGCGAUGAGAUGGACAAUGUAUUGGCCAAUAAAUAUCAACGUGAUCUUGAUAUAACCGUGAAGCAUGUGGUGGAGAAACGCAAUGGCAGCAGUCCGAUGGCAACACUAGUGGCGAACAAGCCGAAGAAAAUAACACCAGGAUAUGAGCGUGAAGAUUACAUUAAAAUGGAUGGAGUCCAUAGCAACAUCAUCUUGGGUUAUGAGCGCCAGCAUCCGUAUCUGCUGUUCCUUAUACCAACGCUUUUCAUCUACAAUUUCUUUAUUGGAGCAACUCUUGCCGUCUUGGAGAUUGCUUUGCAUAUGAUGUCGCAUCACAAGAAUACGUUGACCAUGCAAAAGGAUCUCUAUUUCCGCAGCCCCUUACAUGUGCUAUCCUCACAAUUUUGUGCCACAUGCCGCUGUGAAUCAGAUAGCCAACAUAAUCGCACAUUUACCAUACUCAACAAGCAGAUGCGUAAAGAGCUGCGCUCCGGUGCUCUCAAGAACAUGGCCAAGGCCAUGGGCUAGCAUCUACAUAUCUAUGUCUAUAUACAUACAUGUAUAUACUCCCUCCUCCCCUCUCCACCUCACUCCACAUACACACACAUACACUUUAACUAUAAUGGUUUGAAACAAAAAAGAAAAAACAAAAAUUGAAAAAAAAAAUCACUUUUAUUUCAUAAUUAUUUUUUUCUUUACUCAAAAAUAAAUGCACAAUUAUAUCACUCGGAGUACCUGAA